AUGCCCAUCGCCAUUUCCAAAACGCCAAAGAAUGGCAUUACAAAGUUUACAAAUUGUCGUCUCGUCAAGGGCGACGCCCUCGUGCAAGAGGAUAUCUGGGUCAGUUCUGUCACGGGCAAGAUCAUUCGCAGCCAGGCCGCCUUUUUCGAUGACCUCUGUCUCCCGGAUGAGACCAUCAACCUAGAUGGCCGCAUCGUGUCGGCCGGCAUGAUUGAUUGCCAACUCAACGGCGCUUUUGGUUUCAACUUUUCAACGUUGCUCGAGGAUAUGACGCAAUACGGCAAGAAAGUCCGAGAAUUGAACAGGAAACUCGUGGCCACGGGCGUCACGUCCUACGUCCCAACACUCACUAGCCAAAAGCCAGAGCUCUAUCAAGGGGCACUGCCUUAUCUUGGAGCAUCAGGAGGCUUACAAGCGGCUCAUGACGGAGCCGAGUCGCUCGGAGCUCACGUGGAAGGGCCGUUCCUGAAUCCCACCAAGAACGGUAUUCACAACGUCGACGUUUUGCAGCAAGCAGAGAAGUUUGACGACCUGGUUAAAUGCUACGGCGCCGAGAACAUUGAGCCCAGCGCCGCCAACGGCGGUGUCAUCCCGAUCAAGAUGAUCACGGCGGCGCCAGAACGGGGCAACAUGACAAAGAUCAUUCCCGAGCUGCGGGAAAGGGGCAUCAUCUACUCCAUCGGCCAUUCGGAAGCGACAUACGAAGACGCGUCGGCCGCAGUAGCCGCGGGCGCCACAAUGAUUACACAUUUAUUCAACGCAAUGCGCCCUCUCCACCACCGCAACCCCGGUGUCUUUGGAGUCUUGGGGCUUGCCGAGAGCCUGGCGAGGCCGUAUUUUGGCAUCAUAUCCGACGGCAUCCAUCUCCAUCCGACGACGAUCAAGAUUGCGUUCAACGCCCACCCCGAUGGCUUCAUUUUGGUGACGGACGCAAUGCACAUGAUGGGUCUUGCGGAUGGCUCAUAUCAGUGGACCAAUGGGCAGGAUGUGAAUAACAUCAUCAAGGUGGGGUCCACGCUGCUGCUGGAGGGUACCAACACAAUUGCUGGAAGUGCCGUCACGCUAAUGGAAUGCGUAAACAACUUCCUCCGAUGGUCCGGUACGGGCAUCCCAAAGGCGUUGAAGGCCGUCACUGCGACGCCUGCAGCGAUGCUCGGCCUCCAGGGAGUCAAGGGCUCUUUGGAAGACGGGGCGGAUGCCGACUUGGUCAUUUUCUCCGAAGAAAUCAAGGAGGGUGCCACUCAGUUGGUGGUAGACGAAGUUUGGAAGUCUGGCGCGUUGGUGUCUAGCCGAAAGGACGAUCAAUCGCCGAUUACGACAUAG